AUGUUGCGGUCGGGCUCUCAUGCGACGGUGCGACGUUGGUGUGCGCUGUGGCGCGUCGCGGGCCCGAGGCGGUGGCUCUCGAAGGCGUCGCUCUUCCAAGUCUACGCGGGCAGGACGCCCGCCCAGAUCUUCUCGGCCUACGGGGCACCCGGGACUUGGCGGCGCUUCGUGUUUCUGGUGCUGGAGCUGGGGCUCCUGUGGAUCUCCGCCGACAGACUCUACGCAUGCUGCAGUCUGCUGAACGUCGCAGGCCUGUCGCUCAAGCAGCGGUGCGCGGCACUGGUAUUCGCAGGACGACAGAGUAAAGACAGUAUGGCGGCUAUGAUCGAAGAUGAGGAAGUGGGAGAUAAGUAUCUGAGCACAGCCCCUGAUUAUUUCAAAGAGUUCGCCAAAAUCCAAGCGAAGCAAUUCGAAACUCUAAAAACAGAAAUGGCUGGCAUCAAGGACCUCAUAGACCAGGCGAGGAUCGAGGCAGAGGACGCCAGGAGGGCAGCGGAGGAGGCUCAGGAGAAGAUGGAGGAUGUGGAAAUGGAGGUGGAGGCGAUUCGGAAUGACCUUGAGGAGAUGUACCUAACCAAAUCCGAGAUCGAGAAGAUGCUUGAAGACAAACUCCAGGAAGUGAAAGACACCAUGAAGCACAGCAGUAGAUCUUCCAGGGCAGUGGAGAAGACGGUGGAGGAGGCCAUGCAGAAGUGGCACAACACGGUCAAGCUGGAGCCGGACACCGAGAGCGAGUGA